AUGUCGAACCCAAGGUCCGCCGCAGCGGGCACGGUCAAGGUCAAGAAGGAGGUCGAGGGCACCCUCGAGGACCACCCGACCAUCCCGGGCGCCCAGGUGCUCACCACGGCCGACGGCAAAAAGAAGCUCAUCCGGCAAAGAGGGAAGCGUGGAGGCGCAAAGAACAACAAGAAGACGUCGUCAUCCACCUCGGACGCCGUACGCGCCAACAAGGCCGGCAAGCCCACCAAGGACGCCGAGGUCAAGGCCGACGCGGCCAAGAAGGUCAAGAAGGACAAGAACAGCGACGCGCCCAGCGAGCACUCGCUCAGGAUCGCACGCUACCACACCCUCGAAAAGGAACUCGCUAGGACCACGGAUCCAGCCGAGCAGGCCAGGAUCAAGGCCGAGCAGGAGCAGCUCGGCGGCCUAGAGGCCUACCAGGAGGACUCGCUCAAGGGCGGCGACCGGCUAAAGGGCGGAGAGAGCGGCAAGUGGUGCGCAGAGCAGGUCGAAAAGCUCCGAGGGAAAAAGGCCAUGCGGGUGCUCGACGUCGGUGCCAUUGCGGGGACGAGCUACGACAAGUUCCCCUGGAUCAAGGCGACGUCGAUUGACCUCAACCCGCGCUCGGAGCGCGUGCAGAAGUGCGACUUUUUCGACCUGCCCAAGCCGGCCAACGAAGAGGAAAAGUUUGAGAUGGUGGCCCUCAGCCUGGUCAUCAACUUUGUCGGCGACCUCAAGAAGCGAGGCGAGAUGCUGCUGCACGCGCACCACUAUCUGCGGCCGGGCGGAUACCUGUACCUGGUGCUGCCGCUUCCGUGCCUGACCAACUCGCGCUACCUGACGCACGACCACCUUCGUUCGAUUGUCUCGAGCGCUGGGUACGACGUUGUGGUGCAGGACGACUCGAAGCGGCUGACGCGGUGGCUGCUCAAGCGCAAAAAGUCGCCGCGCAACAAGUGGGACCGCACCGUGUACCGCAAGAAGGAGCUCGUGGGCGGUGCGUACCGCAACAACUUUGCCAUCUGCAUGGGCGACGACGCGUCGGCGGCGACGGCGGUGGCGGGCGGCAAGAAGAAGCAGUGA